GAAAUUUGUUACUUUGCCAUGACCAGUCCAACUUUCGCUCAUGCCAUUGGAGUAAGCUUCCACUGGCUCCUGCUCCUUGGCCCAGCCAUAUACGCCACCUCGUUUCUGGAAAUCCUCCCGUCCCCUUUGAUCUCUUUCAUAGGUUACGCUGCUAAGAAGCGAGAUUCCCGUGGCGCAUCCUUUCUCAUGAUGCAGCAACAAAUCGAAGCCCCUAAGACAUGGGCUUGAACGACCCAUAUGACUUGUUGCAUUGGCGUGCAAAAGUUGUCCAUAGAGGCGAAAACCUGACCUUUUCUUUAGCGAGCAACAUUGUUUGUUUUGGAAAAUGAAUACGUGUAUUUAAGGAGACGGGUGUAUGGG